AGGAAGAAGAAGAAGAAGAAGAAAAGGAGGAGAAGAAGAAAGAAAGGAAGAGAGCGCGAAUUUAGCGAGGAGCAGCGAGAUACUCGUCUCUUCUUUUACACGCCCAGCGGGAGCCGCUGCGUCACAUGGGCCGCGCUCAUUCGUCGAUAGAGCCGGAUGACGUCACGCGCCGCGCGACCAUUGGCCCGCGACACGGUGUCCGGACACGUGAAUCGUGGCCGUGCAAGCAUGGCAGUUUGAUGCGCAGUGGUUUUCAGCAGCGCUUGUAAAAUGCCACCGCCACGCGCCAGCAGAUCGAUCAGACCGUCCGAAGUAUCAACGGGACGCAGCGACGCAAGCAAAAGGAAGAGGGGUGAAGGUGGUUGUUGGCUGAGCUUGCGACAACCUGGUCCUGCCAAUUCAUCGCCGGCGUCUGGAGGAACCGGCGGCGGCUGCGGCGUCGGCGGCCGCCGUAAAGCCGGCGAUUCGAUGCUGCGGAAUCAGCAAGACCAUCAUUCGGCCAACGUCUGCGAGCACAGAGAACAGCAACAACCACAACAGCAGCAACAGCACAACAAUCACUACCACAAUCAUCGCGUCCCUCCUCUCCCCUCUGCGUCCGUUGCUCCGAGGGAACAGCAGAUCGGCCAUAGAAUGAGUCUGGAAACGUUGCUACAAGCUGCCUAUUAUGUCGAACAGGAGGAGAAGAAGCGGGAGCGUCUCGCGAGUACUUCCUCCUCCUCCUCCUCUUCCGACCAGCACUCGUUUGUGUCCGCGCCGCCCCACUCUAACCACACUUACGCCUCUUCUGAGCCACGUGGUGCUAAAUUUAAAAAAGAUCGCACAGAGGCAGAUGAUCUUUUCUGUGAGGAGAAAAUGUUGGUUAUCGAUGAGGAAGAGCCGUUGGAAAAUAACAGGACGAGUCAAUCGAUUGCAUCACGAGAGAAUUCUGUAGUCUCCAACGCGAGAGUCGCCGUACCCUUAUCAUCAACUGGGUCGAACCCGGUUCAGCUGACUGCACUUCAUUCCACCUCUCAUCAUCAUCACCAUCACCACCACCACCACCAUCAUCAUCAUUCGCAGCAGUUGCAGCAGCAACAACAGCAACAGCAACAACAACAGCAGCAACAGCAACAUCAGCAACAGCAGCACAAUCACAGCGACCAUCACAACACACACAACCAUUAUGUGGAGAAUCAUAAUCCGAAUCAAUCGCAGCAGAGUGUUGGCAACCUUGUUGUGGACGUCGAAACGAACCACGAUAAAAAACAUCGAACUGGACCUUGCGUUAUCCGAUCUGGUACGAGAGAAGUACACAAUAAAUUGGAGAAGAAUCGUAGGGCACAUCUCAAAGAGUGUUUUGAGCUUUUGAAGAAGCAACUCCCUUCGCAAGAUGAGAAGAAAUCUUCAAAUCUCUCUAUUCUACAUGCAGCAAUCAAAUAUAUACGAGCGUUGACAAAGAAAGACCAAGAUUAUGAGCACGAAAUGGAGAGACUUGCAAGAGAAAAAAUCGCGCUUCAACAAAAGUUAAUGGCACUUAAGAAAGAAAACAAUGCGUCUUGGGAUCAUAUUGACAUUAAUUCUCUUCUGCUGGAACAAAACUCUGGACCGGACAUGACACUAACCGCCAAAAAUGAAAAUAUAGAAGUUAAUGUCAUCGGACUCUCACGAAGUGGUACGAGAUACAGUAGCACAAGCAGCUUGAACAGCGUGACAACAGCCAGUUCGCCGCAAGCAUUGCAAUCCACUAGCAACACAACUUCCAAUAUUCACAAUCAAGCUGUAAAUACUGGUGUCGUUUGUCAAACGCAAGAACUCGCGCGCAGUUCCAGAGAAAGUCCGCCCGCGAAUUUGGUGUCUGCCGCAGCAACACCUGCAGCUAGCAUUUCUACUCCGCAGGAAAAAGUCGCCACGUCGUCCACAGCUAGCAUAGUGCAGCAAUCGCAUCAAUUACACCUACCGAUUAGCGCUCAAAUGUUGAAUACGAGUCAGGGUCUGGCGACGAUUGUGCCGACUUUGCAGCACAUCGGUCCGGGGCUUAGGGUGGUCCCGGGUGAUACACGGCAGCUCUUGGUCACGCAUGCUCCGGGCAAUAACGAGUCCAGGUCGCUCACACUAGCUGUCCAAAACUCCUCGGAUCAGUCCAGGCCGCCGCUGAUCGCUGUGCAAUCCAACGCCGGAAAUGAGCCAAGGCCCGUGGCUCUGGUCGUUCACUCGUCCACCGCCAAUGACAAUAGAGUGACGUUUGUGCACUCCAAUUUGUCCAACAACGACAGGCCGUUGGCCCUGGCCAUGCAAUCGUCCGCAAGCGAUGUUAGACCCGUCACCUUCGUACAUUCGGGUAACGAAGGCCGGCCGCUGGUUCUCGCCACGCAUUCCCCAGCAUUGAACGUGUCGAAUACUCAAACGAGAAUAAGAACGGGAGAUGCACAUACUACACAUAAAAUGGUUAGCGGGGUGGCAUUAGUUGGAGGCAAUGGCUCCGAAUUAGCAAGAGCACUUCCCGGUGGCGCGGAACUGAAUAUACUUCCAGCAAAUGGAUUAACUUUGAGCCACGCAGGAGUGUCGCUUCAGACGAGCGCGGGCAAAUCGGGCUCGACGAUGAUGCAGAACGCCGCGUCCACGGAGAGUAUAGCCCACAUCGUCGGCCAGCACGCGCCACUCUCCGGCUUAACUCCGAUCGUCACGCCGAUGACAGUCGUCUCUCAGGGUAAUCAGGUGACAGCACACAUCCUGGCGCCGUCCAGUCUGGCGGGGAAGAUGAUUACCACGCCGAUCCUUAAGUCCGUGGGACAGAUGCCGCUUGUGAAUGCUCAGUACCUUAACACCACGACCCUGGUGAAGCCCGUCGUCGUGGUGAGCUCGUCGACGUCGACGCUGCCGUCGACGACGGCUUCCAGUACGCAGCCUCCGUCGACCUCGAACUCGACUGUCUGACAAUAUCAAGGAAAAGCAAAGUUCACCUGAUUGAUGUGUUGGAAUGUCAAGAUACGGAUUGUCGAAAAAUGUUUUAUAGUAAUCGGAGUCCUUACGUUCUAAACCUGAUGUUAUAUAUCUUUUAUUAUUCAUUGGGAUUAACGAAAGAAAAUUAGCGAGCAAAAGUUAAAACUAUGAGCCAUAUGUGAGAGUUAGGCAAUCUUUUACCAUUAAUGAAAUUUACGCGAGAAAAGCCUUGGUUUAUUGACCUAUCUAUUCCUGAUAUUGAAGUAGCCUCGCAUUUGUGAAACCUUAUGUCCCAGAAGAAUUGGAUUCGAUGAAUUUUUGAGCUUUUCCGCGAAGAAAAAAUUGACUGCGAAAAAAACCUUGCUCAACUCAUGCAAUGUAUGUGUAUUGUAUACAGUACCUUAGUUUCGUUAGGGAAAAAUUAGAUUAUUACAUAUAAUGAAGUUCAAAGGGGCUAAUUUAUGGCCAUAGUCCAAGUGUCCAGAAUAUAAGAAAGCUUAUUACAACAUGUUGAUAAAUUAAUGCUUUUUAAGGCUCCUGGUCUCUAUAUUGAUUUAUAAUAUAC